AUAAAGCAUAGUAUCUAAACAAUUUUUCAUUAAAACCCAUUCGUCAACAUCUCUGUCUCCAUUGAAUGCUUUAAUUGUUUUCUUCCCUUGCCCAAUUUUUCUCACUUCUCAGUCAAGAACAAAUACAUUACCAAUAUAAAAAUCCUGUCAAUAUGUGUGUGAUAUUUUUAUAGCCCACGCACGCACAUUUAUGCUCGUGAAGUGACGAUGAAUGCUAUGGAUUUUUAGGCCCUAAAAUGACAAACUAAACCACAACAAAUAUUACACUUGACCCAUAAAUUAGUGAAAUUACAACAAUAUGGCAACUACCAUUAAAUUCCAAAUCCAACCCAUUAAACCCAAACGUCGUCGCUACCGAGAAACCACCAUUACUACUACUUCUUCAAACCCUUCGAAUUCUUCGCCUACAACCUGUUCGACAAAAUGCCUCAACGAAAAAACUCACAAAAUUGAUACACCAACUAUUACCUCACCUGACAACUCAUGGUGUUCCCCUACAUCUAAAUCCACUCUAACACCACCCAUUUCACCUUACACCACUGCCACGUCAUCAUCAUCAUCAAAUUUCAAGAUCCAAUAUUCAGUUAUGGAAUCAACUAAUCUUUACAACAAUGGAAAUGGUACACCAAUACCAAAUAGCAACAAUAACCAUGAUGCAUUUCCAUCAUCAUUUAGUAAAUUCAAUUCAGCUUUAACAGCAGGUUUAUUAAACCCUAUGUCACCACCACCGCCAAAUAUGGAUUCCAAGACUCGUUCAAGUCCAACCCUUUUUGAAAUGAUGGCAAAUGAACCUGAAUGUAUACCAAGAUCAACAAUUAACAACCCCAUUUGCUCAAAUAAUCAAAAAGUUACUAACUUUGUACAACAGGAUAAACAGGUUUUGAUGCAACAGAGACUUUUGGAUCUUUUAGCUUGUAAAAGUCCAGGGAAUCAGUUUAAUGAUUCGGGUUCGAGUGACGUGAAGUUAACAUUGAGUUCUAAGGAUGGUUUGAGUGUUGCUAUGAAUGUUCAUAGGCAGAUCUUGGUGGUUCAUAGUCGUUUUUUCGCUGUUAAGUUGUCGGAGAAAUGGGUAAAGCAACAGAGGAAUUCAGGUCCUUAUAUUGUUGAGAUUGCGGAUUGUGAUGAUAUUGAAGUGUAUAUUGAAACUUUGAGGUUGAUGUAUUGUAAAGAUUUGAGGAGAAGGCUGAUGAAAGAAGAUGUUUCUAAAGUCCUUGGCAUCUUAAAGGUUUCUGCGGCAAUUGGGUUCGAUGCGGGGGUAUUAUCAUGCCUGGAGUACUUGGAAGCAGCUCCUUGGGCUGAGGAUGAAGAAGAAAAGGUAGCUUCACUAUUGUCUGAGCUUCGUCUUGAAGGGGUAGGUGCUGGGGAAGUUUUAAGGAGGGUAUCUCUUGAUGUUACAUCGGGAACAGAGAAUGGAAAUGGGAAUGAGGAAGUGCUUCUCAAGCUAUUGCAUGUGGUUCUUGACGGGAAGGAUGAGAAGGCGAGGCGAGAGAUGAAAGGCUUAGUUUCCAAAAUGUUGCACGAGAAUUCAUCUCAUAACGACUUGAGGAAGGAGUCGUUGUAUUCAGCUUGCAAUGCAUGUCUGCAAUUGCUCCGCCACCAUUUUCUACGGGCAGCAGAUGGAGACAUGAUGGAUGUGGGUCAGAUUGCACGACAGGCUGAUAAUCUGCAUUGGAUUUUGGAUAUCUUGAUUGAUAGACAGAUAGCUGAAGAUUUUUUGAGGAGUUGGGCUUCUCAGUCUGUAUUAUCUGAGGCACAUCAUAAGGUGCCAGCACUUCAUAGGUAUGAGGUUAGUAGAGUCACGGCUAGACUUUUUGUUGGUAUUGGUAAAGGGCAAUUACUAGCUUCCAAGGAUGCUAGGAGCGCUCUUUUGCAGACAUGGUUAGUGCCAUUCUAUGAGGAUUUUGGAUGGAUGAGGAGGGCAUCAAGAGGUCUUGACCGGCAUUUAAUUGAAGAUGGUCUCAGCAAUACUAUUCUGACCCUACCUAUGGCGUUGCAGCAAGAAAUUCUAAUGUCUUGGUUUGAUCGGUUUUUGAACUCCGGUGAGGACUGCCCAAAUAUCCAGAGGGGAUUUGAGAUUUGGUGGAGAAGGGCCUUCUGGAGGCGAAAUGGGGAGCCUGAACGACCUCGUCAAGUGCGUGUCAUGACUGCAACAAUUGAGAACUCAUGAGACUUAACAUGUGAAUGAGAUUAGGUCAUAGCCAUUCUAUGAUUGUCUUGUUUCAACUCUUGCUAUUCCUCAGCCCUCAUCUUAUGCCAAAUUUUUUUGUCUUCUUCCAUUGAAACAAGUAGCACAAUUCAAUACUGAAGAAUCACACUUACAGAGAUGAUCAUGAUCCAAGGUUUAAUCUGGAAGGAAGCAGGCACUUUUUUUUUUCUGUUUAGGUGUCAUGUGAUAUGAAUAUACGCCUAGUUUCUUUCUAAUCCCAUGUAGAGCUCUCCUAUCUGUGACUGAAUUUCCUGAAUCAGUGGUUUUAUCACAAACGGUCAUCCUUCUUAAAAGUUGUGCAACGUCCUGAAUGCUGAAAUUCUGCUAGUUAAAAGUUUUGCAACAUCCUGAUGACCAAUUCAAGCAAGUUAACAAAGUUCAGGUAAUUUUGGAGAUAAGGGUGAUUGUCACUACUUACGACCAGGGGAACUUGCUAUUGAUUUCGUGAUGGCAAUGCCAAGGAUUGCAGCAACAUGAUGAAUUGCUUCUUGUCUUAGGUCUUCAUCUAUCUUGAGAUCAUCAGCUGGCCAGUGUGGAAGGACUGAUCAUUUUUGCCUUUCUGGUGCUAAGGAAAUUCAUUAUGUCUAUGCCCUUUGAGAGCCAGUUUGGUUAGGAUUAGAUGCACUUUUUUCCAUCGCGUGAAUACUGUAGCACCAUAUUCCUCAGUGUGAACUUUGAAGUUCUUCAAUGUUCUUUCCAUUGUUUCUCACGCCUUGCUGGCAAAUUUUCUGAAGAUUACCUUGUUGCUUGAUGUUUAACUUUCCAAACACUAAUUUUGUUUUGCAUGAAAGCAGUUUUCUUGGCAUAAGAAAA